AUGGGUACAUCUCCCUUCCAGGUAACCUAUGGCAGAAGCCCACCAUGUCUGCUCGAGUAUACCCUGGGAUCCACUACAGUUGACGCGGUUGAGACUGAUCUCCUCCAACGGUCAGUGAUCCUUGCAACAUUAAAGCAAAAUUUAGAAAAAGCACAAGCUCAAAUGAAGUCUCAAGCGGAUCGUAAACGUAAAGCUAUUACCUUUAGCGUCGGAGAUCAAGUUCUGCUCCGUCUUCAACCCUUCCGUCAACUUUCAGUUCACCGUCGAUCCUCCCAUAAACUAAGUUUGCGUUUUUACAGGCCGUUUGAGAUUCUGGAACGAGUUGCCAGCGUUGCUUAUUGCCUACAACUUCCUCCAGGUUCGCGUGUCCACCCAGUUUUUCAUGCUUCCCUCUUGCGGCCUUUCUGUUCCUCAGGCAGCUACAAAAUACAUGACUUAGCAGCAACAACCCGAAGCAUUCCUCCAUCCCACGUUCCAGCAGCUAUUAUUUCUCAACAUACCAUUUGGAGAAAUGGAUGGCAAGUCCCACAGGUUUUGGUCCAGUGGGAGGGGUUAUUACAAGAGGACUCCACUUGGGAGGAUACUUCUCUUGUGGUCUCUGAUUCGCUUACAAAGCACUCUCCUUUGGUCACUUCGAAUGUUGCAAAAGACAUAGAAAAGCUACAGCCUAUUAAUGUUCAACCCCACUCAUCUGACCCCACCGCCUUGCCCUCCAAUCAGAAUGGAGAUACGCGGAUUUUUAUCUCUUCCACACAGCAGCACGUGCUUCCAGCUGUCCCUACAUCCCAUCAACCACAGUUGUUCCCCACCGACGUUCCAGAUCCUUCUCCCAAAGUCACCACCUCAGCUACUGAUGAUAUGGGCCUCGAGGUCGAGUCCAGUUCUAAUGGGGAGGGAAAUGUUGGGCUAACUGAUGAUAAGCCCAAACGCAUGAGGAGAAGACCCACUUACUUAGCAGACUAUUGUUAA